AUGAAGGCCAUGUUCAAAAUCACCCACUUUUCACCUAAGGGCUCAAAUGAUCUUGCUAAAGAAGAGGCUACUUACAUGCUGUUUGUAGAUUUUCUGUACGAUUGUGAAUGUGUUGAAGGUGACUCGGAGGAUUCUGUCAGUCUUAAGACCAUUCUUUCUUUUACUACUGGUUCAGAGUCUGUUCCACCGAUGGGAUUUGAUAACUCUUUGGGUCUGAGAUUUAACGAUACCAAUGUGUUUCCCACGUCGUCCACUUGUGCGUUGGAGCUAACCCUGCCCUCCAAGUAUUAUAACAAUCCAGAGGAGUUUAAAAAGAAAAUGGUAUAUGGUAUGAAAAACCAUGGAGGAUUUGGUUGCCUAUAA